AUGGAAUAUGAGGAGCUUCAAGGUGCUACUACCGCACAGCAUAUGGCUGCCGGUACUUGUGCAGGCAUUUUAGAACAUUGUGUAAUGUAUCCUGUUGAUCUCAUAAAAACUCGUACUCAGUGUUUGCAAGCUUCAAAAAGUGUCUUCUCCGAAGGCCUAUUUACACAACUCAAAAACCUAUUUUUCAAAGAGGGGAUUCGACAGUCAUUUCGAGGUGUCGAUGUCGUUGUAUUAGGUGCUGGUCCGGCUCACGCUCUCUAUUUUGGCGUUUACGAGCAUGUAAAGAAACACUUGGAAUCCCGGGUGCAUCCAGACUCAGGCUAUAAUCAUUUCGCUCAUGCAAUAAGCGGAUCCUGCGCCACUCUUGCCCAUGAUGCCAUUAUGACUCCUGCCGAUGCAAUUAAACAACGGAUGCAAGUAACCAGUGAUUCCCGAUCAACAUCAUUCAAAUGCUUUCGAACGGUUGUUAAGUCAACCGGCGUGUCGACUCUCUAUCGGGCCUACUUCACCCAACUGGCGCUCAAUGUCCCCUUCCAGUGUGUACAUUUUGUCACCUACGAGUCCCUACAACGCAAACUGAAUCCCGACAAGCAAUACAAACCCUGGACUCACAUUGUCUCUGGUGGAAUUGCUGGUGGUACAGCGGCCGCAAUCACCACGCCUUUGGAUGUUUGCAAAACUGUCCUCAACACUCAGGACGUCGUGGAUGGUAAACUUUCAGUUGUUCCCACAAAUAUGAACACCCAAGCUGUAACAACUACCGCAACUGUGCCUUCUGCAAAUGGUAGUUCAGUCGUAGCUAGUGAAGUUUCCGCCGCAGUACCUUCGAAGGCUGUCACAACUGUCACGACAGUAGUUAUCAAAUCCCCACCUCAAGCCCAAGUGAAUAUUCGAGGUCUUUUCGGUGCAAUUCAAACAGUUUUGGAGAGCCAGGGUCCCCUCGGCCUUUUUCGGGGAAUGAAUGCCAGGGUUGUGGCCAUCUUACCGGGCACUGCAAUCUCCUGGUCAAUCUAUGAGUACUUCAAGUGGAUGCUCUCUCGGCGGAAUGGUAGUGGAGCGUCUAAGAACCCUGAACAGCAGAUAGACACUUGGAUGUGA